AUGGAAGGAAGCGGGGCUUCGAAAAGCAAAGGUAGAACUUUCACUGGAUGCUGGGCAUGCAGGUUCAAGAAACGUCGGUGUGACGAGCAAAAACCGAUUUGUUCUCUUUGCAAAGCCCAGAAUGAUCAAUGCAGUUACGACGUACAACUGGUAUGGCGAAGCGAAAACAUAUAUGCGAUGGAUCGAGACAAGAAGCUUGUAUCGUGGAAGAAACUACACAAUCUGUGCCAUAAGAACCACAGACAUUGCAUUUCGCGGAAAAAAUUUAGAGAAAUGACGCAUUUCCGUCAGGUGUCUCCUCCGAACUCUGACAACGAAUGCGAGGCCCACGAGGGUGCUCAGGAAGAUCUGGAAUCUCCUACUUUCACUAUUAGUGUGCGAAGACUCAAGAUCUACGAUCAAGCGAUUCCGGCGGUUCACGGCUGUCGAGACAAAAAUUUCGAUGUAGAUCACGUUCACAGACGUCUGGACACGUUUUUGGACAAGAUCGAGAGGUCGAGUGCGUCACACAGCGGAGAUAUAAGGUGGAGUGGAUUCAGUAGCGGUCCGUUUGAUGUUUUUCGCUCCGAAACUAUGAGAAUUGUAUCAAAACGUAGAAAAAUUGGAUGUCGAAAUGAAAUCGAUCCACAACUAGAUGCGUGUGCAGCUGGGCCUCCAGAAGUGCCUCUCGCGGGCUGGGAUGAGAAAGCACUGCAUUCGAGUUUACCGGCGACCCCGUCGUCGCUAGAACAAUCAGAAUUGAUACCCACUGGUCCCAGCGAUUUUCCAGGUACUACCAGAGACCUGGCUCGAGAGUUCUGCAAGUAUCAUUGGCAAAAUUUGCUCCUCGAGAAUGGCCACAAUUUUUGUAUCCGUCAGCCCGAUUUUGUUGGAUGGCUUACAACUCGCGCACAGAGAUAUGUGCGGUCUUUGAGUGACGACCUUUUGCAAGAAAUUUUUGGGAGGCAGACUAAAAAGGACAGAUGGACCGUGGUCGUGGAGGAACCCUCGUCUCAAUUCCAGGACUUUCAAAUAAUGCUGUUGUUCAUGGCUAGCGCUAGCGCUGCCAGUUCGGCGCACGUUGUUUCUUGGCUGUGUAAACAAAGUCAGGUGACAUAUGCCGCGUUUCCUCUAAUAGCACACGCGCUGGCAAGCGGAUGUGACCUUAGCGUCUUAUUUCAUUGUCAUGAGUUGCUCACAAAUGCCAAUAUAGAGGAUAUUUUCCAGUACGAUUUGGGAGCUAUUUUAAAGAUAAAUGCGGAACGUCUUAUUUUGCAAUACUGGAACAACCUUAUGACAGAUCAGAUGUCCGGCCACCAAGAUACUUCCUUAACCGAGCUGCAACUCAAAUAUUGGGAAGUGCAAUUGCAGUAUAAUGAGGAGUUCUACCGGGAAGUAUGUUUAGCUUAA